CUGCCCCGGCCGGGCUCUCCUGCGCUGAAAGAAGCGGGCGCUCGACGUACGGGGCGUGCAGAUGGAAGCAUUUUACCCGUUGUUUUCUUAGAUAAAGGCAGGAAAGUUUUGUUAGUGUUAGCUGGUUAAGUAGAAGUGGGAAACUGGCAUCUUCUUUCUUUUAAAAUGUUCCUGCUGUAGUGCUCAGCCCUCGGGGUUGGGCGCGGAGCAUUCGCGGGGGUGAAAGCCCGGCCUGGCACCUGCGAGCCUUUGGACAGCGGCCGCGAGCCUGUUCGGAGCUACAUCCCGAAUGUUGUCAUAGUCAUUAAUUGUUACUUGCCGGCAGAGCGACUGAAGUCCGUGGACAGACUUGUUUCUCGUCCUUGCCAGAGGCCAAGCGCCCAAAUGGGGUCUCUCAACACAACAAACUUCAUUACAAGGCUGUCUGCUUUAUGUCUGAGGAAAAACAAGAUGCAACAUAGGUACCAAAGUAAUAGACGACCAGCGGUUCCACUCGGAUCACGGAUUUUAACUGAUCCUUCUAAGGUCUUUGAGCAUAACAUGUGGGACCACAUGCAAUGGUCACAAGAAGAAGAGGAGAAUGCCAAGAAACAAGCAACAGAAAACUCUGUUGUGAAAGUUCAAUCAGAAGACCAAGAUAAAUAUGAGAGAGAAGCCAGUAAAUAUUGGAAUGAAUUUUACAAGACACACAAAAAUAACUUUUUCAAGGAUCGCAAUUGGUUGUUUCUGGAGUUUCCAGAAAUUCUUCCAGAAAAAAAGAGACAAGAGUUCAAAACAGAAGAAAUAUCUUCAGAACAUGCAAAAAUAAAUAAUGACAACAGUUUUCCACUUAAAAAUGGAAUGUUUGAAGAAGGAGAAAAAUACUGGAAGAAAUAUUAUGGAGGUGGUUCUACUGCUGUGCAAGGAUAUGCAUAUAAUAAAAAUCAAGUAAAAGCUCUUACUGACAAUCCUCAAGGUAAAACCUGUGGAGAAGAACUUUGCAAGGUAGAAUCCUUCCCUGGUUGUGAUGCCACUUACCGAAUAUUAGAGGUUGGUUGUGGAGCUGGAAACAGUGUCUUUCCUAUUCUGAAAGUUCUAUGCAAUACACCUGGAACCUUUCUAUACUGUUGUGAUUUUGCUUCAGGAGCAGUGGAGCUGGUAAAGUCACAUUCGUCCUACAAUUCAGCCUGGUGUUCUGCCUUUGUUCAUGAUGUGUGUGAUGAUGCUUUACCCUAUCCUUUUCCAGAUGAGAUCCUGGAUGUCAUUCUCCUUGUCUUUGUGCUCUCUACUAUUCAUCCUGACAGGAUGCAAGGGGUUGUAAAUAGGUUGGCUAAGCUACUGAAGCCUGGAGGAAUGUUGUUAUUUCGAGACUACGGAAGAUAUGAUACAGCUCAACUUCGUUUUAAAAAAGGUCAUUGCUUGUCAGAAAAUUUUUAUGUAAGAGGAGAUGGAACCAGAGUAUAUUUCUUUACCAAAGAUGAGGUAUGGAACAUGUUCAACGUGGCUGGAUUAACUGAAGUACAGAAUUUAGUUGAUCGGCGACUACAAGUAAACAGAAAGAAAAAAGUGAAAAUGCAGCGAGUUUGGAUACAAAGCAAGUUCCAGAAGCCGUUGCUAUCUCUGCAUAAUCCUGAAGAAACCAGCAAAAGGCACCCUUGUAAAUAAUUGUAUUCCAGAAAUAUAGUUCAGAGUUGAACUUCAGAAACUGGAGCAAAUUUAAGUACGUAUAUUUCCAGUAAAUGUUGUGUUAGCCACUGAUAAGUAUAAAAUAGUUCAAUAAAUAUAUUGAACUGAAAACCUUUUUCUUAUUUUCUUUUCUUUGUAAAUAUAUAUGUGUGAGAAAAAUCUGGGGGGAAAAAAAGGCCAUUUCUGACUUCUGCUUUAUAUGCAGUAAUCUUUUCAAAAUUGUGGCCAGGCAUUAUUUCACCCCCUUGACUAUGAAUAGUCAAUACCUAUAUACCUCAUUACUGUUGAAAUUCACAGUAGGUAAAAAGCUUUAGUCUUUAGUCUGAAGCAUAAUUGUUGCAGAGGUUUAGAGAAACAGAAUAUCUGUUCUCACUAUUACUACAGGCUGCACUGUGCUAAUUUCUGAGUCACAUCCUUUUCAACCACUGUGUCUUACAACUGUAUUUCUUCUUUGGAGGGAAAUUUCUUGGUGCAUAAAUAAUGAAGACAAAAAUCUCUUUCUGAUUUGCAUAUAGCUGUCAUUUCACACUAACUGCAUGUGAUAUGUAUACAUAUCAGAUUACUCAGUGAUUUUUGUCCUCCACUGUGACUGAUUUAUUAUGCUGUGGUCUCCACUUUUCAAUUACAUGCUCAUAAAGAACAUGCCAAAUUCAAAUACAGUGCAUUACAUAUGAAUUGUUCUAGGUUGUAAACUGAACGUGUUUCAUGUAGAAAAGAAUUACCAAAAUGCCAAAACAGUUCUGAAACCAAAUAGUUAAUAUUGGAUUGUUGUCUGAAGAAUUACAAAUAUUAUUUUUAUGAUAUGCUAGACAUGCUAGAGGGAGGAGCAGAAACAGUAGUUCUGAGUACAUUUUAUUAAUAUUAUUAUGGGGUAAUGUAAUCACACUAGAAUGGUAAUCUGCCUGGCAUUUGAGAUAUUUUUGUCAUUUACAAAAAUAAGUUGCUUUCUUCGGGAUUGUAUAUUAGAAAGAAAAAAAAAAACAAUGCUUUUUAUUGACCAGGUGGGAAUACAGCAAAGGACAGGACUACAUUAGUACUUCAAAUUCUUUUAAGAAGAAAAAUGCAGACACUGUUUUCAAAUGUAGAACAUGAUCCUGAGGCUGUUGAGGUUGUAUUUAAAGGUGCCACGAUGCCAGUUUGCUAUUUAAAUGUAAUUUUAAAUCACUUUGCUACUAGGAGGAGAGAAGAAGAAACAGGUGAAUGAAUAAGAUAAAUGUCUUACGUAAACAAGGCUAUGAGAUGCCUGUAAUCUAUAACAUGUAGUUUUGAGUGUUGUUAAUACAUUGACACUCAAAGUCUGUUGUCUUUUGUUGUUUUUGUUUUAGUCUGAAGGGUAAAUGUGUCACAGCCCGUUGUUCUUUUUGCAAGUUGUUGGUGGCUAAGCUAAGGAGGACUGAUGGUCUUCUAGGAAGAAGACACUAGGUUUUCCCA